AUGAGUUAUUCCAACUCAGUUUUAUUUUUGAAAAUCCAACCGGAUGCCUUUGGGCGCUGUCUUUUUCGAACUUUACGCGGUGCGGCUAAGGUAGACUCACGUCGCCAUGGCAAGCCGAAAAACUUCGCCCUCAAACCGGGACAGUGGGGACAAAUACUCAGUACUGUUACCCACCUACAACGAGAGGGAAAACCUGCCUCUGAUAGUUUGGCUUUUGGUGAAAUAUUUCGGGGGGAAAGUGGUUUUAACUACGAGAUAAUUGUCAUUGACGACGGAAGCCCAGAUGGGACACUGGAGGUGGCAGAGCAGCUGCAGAAAAUAUACGGAGAGGACAAGAUACUUCUGCGACCAAGAGCGAAAAAAUUAGGCCUAGGCACUGCUUACAUCCACGGCAUGAAGCACGCCACAGGGAACUUCAUCAUCAUAAUGGACGCAGACCUUUCCCAUCAUCCUAAAUUCAUUCAUCCCAGAGUUUAUAGACAGAAGGAAGGUAAUUAUGACCUGGUGUCUGGUACUCGAUACCGAGGCAACGGAGGCGUGUACGGCUGGGACCUGCGCAGGAAACUCAUCAGUCGGGGAGCCAACUUUUUGACUCAAGUGUUGCUGAGACCCGGAGCUUCAGACCUCACAGGCAGCUUCAGGUUGUAUAAGAAGGCUGUGCUGGAGAGUCUGGUGGAGCGGUGCGUGUCCAAAGGCUACGUCUUUCAGAUGGAGAUGAUCGUCCGCGCCAGACAGCUCAACUACACAAUCGGAGAAGUACCCAUUUCCUUUGUUGAUCGAGUUUAUGGAGAGUCCAAACUCGGAGGGAACGAGAUUGUCUUCGCUAAAGGACUGAUCACACUCUUCGCCACAACAUGAUUAGUGAUGUAAUCGGUUUGGACACAGCCCUGUAGAGAGUUCUGUUGGCCCGUGAAGUUGCUGUCUUUAUAAGAGUAGUAUCAGAAUUUUAA